UUUACAACAUUGACAGACAGAAUGAAUGAGCUAAUGCGAAAACAUGAAGCCUUGUCUGAUAAAAACCGAGAGCUCUCAAAUGAUGAACUCACUUGUAGUGUACAAUUCAGACACGCAAAGCUACCCGUUAGUACAUCAUCUGAGGAAGAACUCGGACCGGUAACACGCCUAGUCUCUAAAGCUGAAGAAUUGGAGCUGGAUAGCAUUUUUAAGCGCGAAUCUGUGGAUUUGUCAACAAAUCGAUCUCUAUUCGAGUGCGGAUACAAUUUUGAAGAGGUUCGUGAUUGGAUGAGCAUCGAGCAGCCGCCAAAGGAGUCCCUAAAAGUAGUUUUACGUUAUAUGGUGGAGAACCAUUUGAAGACCACCCUGCAGAUCGAGAUCAAUAAAAUGUACUUUAAUUGCCACAUUAUCGUCCUGCAGGCCUAUUCAAAGUAUUUCAGGGAUCUUGAGGAAAUUCCGCUCGUUGUCACAUUACCAGAGGAGAAGGUUUCCCAGAAGUCAUUUAUGCUCAUCUACAAAUGGAUGAUCAGCGAUGAUCCGCAACUGGAGCUCCGGAAUAUUGUGACCGUAUUUGUGGCCGCGACUUAUUUAAGGAUUGAAUUCCUGCUACUGCAGUGCUGGCAGAAAUUCGAGGAUCUCAACUGUUUCAAUGAGGACACAGCUUGUAUUCUAUAUGUGGAAUCCAAUCGAAAUCCUGCAUUGGAUAUUGUGCGCAAUUUAAUGUUGACGCGCAUACAAAAAUUUCUACUAACUUUUGUGGCAACGCGCGAGUUUUUGAACGUGCCUCUCAAGCAUCUGAUCUAUCUGCUCAACUCCAAUGAAAUAUGUGUUAAUACGGAAAUAGAGAUACUUUUUAUUGUUGUGCGUUGGCUGGGACACGAUUGGUCAAAGCGUAAAUCAAAUGUGUCCAGUUUGAUUGGUUGCAUUCGAUUUGCUGCAAUGCCUCUGUCGUAUUUGUUGUGUGUCCGACGCUUAGAGAGCCAUAAGCUGAUCAAAGAACUUCUCCAACUGCCUGCUGUGGAUGCCAUCAUCAAUGAGUCAAUUUUUAAAAUUACUUCUAACAUGUAUGAGCAAAAAAUGCAAGGAUACAUUUCAGAUCUGGGCAAUGUCAGAAAGAAUAUACAGCAGCGUCGCUGGCUACAUGAUGAGGCUUGUCCCUAUUUUCAUCAUAUAAGUUGUCCGCAUACGCGCGAUAUCAAUUUCAAACAAUUUGAAGCGUAUUUAACAAUCUUGCAGCAAAAGCCACGUUAUUAUUGGGCCAAAAUGCCGCUGCUUGAUUUGAAUAAUACGAAGACGUGUGACUGCAUGCAAUAACGGGCGCAAUCCAAUUGUGAAUGGCAAAACGCCUGACAUUUUGACCAUCUGGCAGCCCUCACAGCUGUUUGUCUGGGAAUUUGUUGUUGAGUCUUCUUUGCCUGCAUUCUUUUUUUUUGUAACGAAAUAAAAAUGGAAAAACUUGA